GAUUAAACACCAAAGGAACAAAAAGAAGUCUUCUGUCGUGUAACGUCCCGUCGUCAUGUCUACCUCCAUCUCCGGUGGUCAUGUCGAUGUGCAAAACACCUACCUGCCGCCCUACUCUGUCCAAGUCGCGCGUCAUCAGACCUCCGUGACCACACUAGGCACCUCGACUUGGGUUCCCAAGAGUCACGUCACCGCCUGGCAGCCGUCGGGUCGAUGGCACUCUGCGCCCUUGGGUGUCUCUAGUGCUCCCCCACUCCGCAUGAAGCUCUGGCUGGGCUCGCCGACCUCCCAUGUCGUCAUAGGAGGUGACUGAGUCCCCAGUCUCCAUCAUCUGCAAGCGAGCCACGGGAUAAACUCAGCGGCCGGCCAUGGGUGGAGUGGUGGACUGUCUGCAGCCCUCACCGCACCGCUGGUAAACCGUUGUCUGACCUCGG